AUGUCGACACCUCAAGAGACGAGUGAGCGCAGGACUAAGCGUCGGGCGGCUAUGAGCUGCGACAGGUGCAAGGCGAGGAAAACAAAGGUGAGGCCAAAUAUGUGUUCACAUGUGAGAGGACGACUGGCUGACCAACGUCCAUACUACCGCGUCUCCGAAGAAGAGUUCCGCUAUAUGACACAGAUUCUUGAGCAUUUUUUGCCCAACACUGAGCUUAAUCUGCCAAACUUGAAAGCGUUCGUCCAGUCGUUGGAAAACAGCGCGUUGGAAAAUCCAAUUACACCCUCAGCAAGCGAUGGCAUCACUCCAAGUUAUCCGAUCGUCAGCCCUCAAUCAACUGCAUCAGAGAGUGUCAACGAGAGCUCGGAUAUUACAAGCGAGAUUUCUGAGUUGUAUCAGGAAGUUGGACGGGUAAGAGUUGACUCAAAAGGUGUUCAGAGACAUGUCGGACCAAGCUCGUCAUACCUCUUCCACUCUGCAGUCCGAUCCAUCAAACAGCCUCGUCAGCCGAAUACUCCAAAUAGUGACAUCAUUGCUCCCCUCACAGCCUCACCCUCCAUCCCUCCCCCACUACCGGAAUCAUCGCUGGGAGUGAAGCGAACUCCCCGUCAGGUCAACCUACCCCACAGAGAGCUCUGCAACAACUGCAUAGCUCGGUUCUUCCGCGAGGUGCAUGCCGUGUACUGGCUCUUCUCGGCCGAGCAGCUGCACGCCACCCUGGAUCGGAUAUAUGCUGGCGAUGCUACGGCUGCAACUCCCGCUGCGCUGUGUAGCUUGUACUCGAUACUUGCUAUUACAUGCGAAAGUGAGAUGCAGAAGGAGUGGUCGGAUACAGCCAUGAGGCCUUCGGUAACGUAUCUGACCUUGGCCAAGGCUGUGGUUCCUGCACUGUUUGAUGAUGCCGACUCGGAUAGUGUUCGGGCACUUUGUCUCCUCGGCCUUGCACUUUCGUGUUCCAUGUUUGGAAGUACGGCAUAUGUGUACAUCGGUGCGGCUGCUAGGGUGGCAUUCACACUUGGAUGGCAUGUUCGAGAUGAGAGCUCUCGCGUUGACUUGCAAGAACAAAUCGACUUGAGACUCUUCUCGACUCUCUAUAUCCUCGAUCUUGACACUUCGCUUUGUUACGGGAACCCGCCGGCUAUUGACCAAAGCAUCGUCCCGAACCUACCCAAGUCUCCAUGUGAACAGCUUCUGGGCCCAGGAUCUAGCAUGCCACAUGACUAUCUAGAAACCUCGUGUCAGCUGGCUCAUCAUCGGCGAGGUCUCACAAGGCUUCUGUAUCAAAAACCAACAGCAAAGUCGGCGCCCAUCUCAAUAAUCGCCGUCUCCAAAGCAGUCUCUGACCUCGAGAGCUGGUACUCUGAGAUCCCAUUCCACCUUCGCCACCCCAAUCAAGUUGCAAGGUUCCAUGUGCGGUCAGUUGCAGUUUUGCACCUCCGAUACUGGAGUGCCAUGAUCUACGCCACGCGGCCAUUCCUUCUCUAUAGCGCUCUGAAAGAGGACAGCAUAGGACAAAGCCCAAAGCAGAAGUCGUUUCAAGAUUUUAGUGCCAGAUGUCUGAAUGCAGCGCAAAAGUCGCUAGAGAUGAUCCUCUUCCUCGGAGAGCGAGGCCUGCUAUCCAGCUUGGUCCUGCUCGAUUGUGGGUCGAUCCUCGAGGAUAUGCAGGUCUUUCUCCUUGGACUGAAGCUAUCAGACCCUUCGAUUCACAUGAGAAAUGUUGAAACGUGUCUUCACACUCUACAGAGUAUGGAACAGGUCUUUUGGACAAAAAUGUUGCUUCCAGAGGUGAUAGCCCAGCUACGGGAAUUUGGGGUUCUUAGCGAUGAACCAGGGUUGAGUCUGGUUGAUGAUCAACCCGCUGGUCUCAUAUUCUUGGACUUUGCUCAGCAGGGCGAGCCGUGA